GAAGAAAAGAAUAACAAACAAACUGAGUUGUAUCCAUGUAUAGGUCAGCCAGUGAUGAUGUUCUGCUUCUACGGCUAAAAGACAAUCAACUUCUUAUCGUCGAUUUCAAUUUGAAAGAAGUUACUAUGACAUAGCAAAAAAUAUAAAGACUCAGAAAGCUUGACAACAUAGAAUUAUGAAUCUACGAUAGGUACUUGGCGUAUUUUGGAUAGAUACGUAUACAGUUUACGUACUUCUCAACCAAGGGAGGAGGAAAUUAAAGUAUAUAAGACUAUUAUUAUCAGAUAAUGAGAGGAAAAAGCUUAACUAAUUAUUUCCUUUUUAUUUUCUUCGCUGGGUCAGACAUUUCUUUAACUGGAAUGUUCUUAUUGUGGUGUUCCACACUUCCACUUAGUCACAUCAGCACUACCACAAAUCAACAACUCCCUCUCUCUCUCUCCAUGUUUCUUUAACUGACUACCACGUAUCAACCACUUCUAGUCCAUUAUUGCACUUGCUGCCACAAAAGAAGACUCCCCAACAGCUACUUGGAUAUUUUUUCUUAUCUCCAUCUUUUGAGUUCAAUAAUCACAACAUUCCAAAUAGAUUGAUGUAAGUUGUCUCUAUGUCACCAAGAGUCCAUUAGCCCAACGGCAUCAAGGGUACACUUAGGUCCCAGGAGAAAGGAGGUCAGGAGUUCAACUCCUCUUCCAAGGUACUAAUCUAACUAUUCUAACAAUACCGACUUUCACCGAUCUAUUUUACCCACAGUCCUGCAAAUCUCUAACUUUCUACCGUGGGUGUCCUGUGUCAUUGAACAACAACGAUACAUUACUGUAACGUUACACAAACAAGAAGGGAAAAAAAAAACCUGAAAAAUAUCGACAGUAGAACGUGCAGAGUUGUCCAUGUCUAUUAGUUUCAAAAAAUGUCACCGGCAUAUCAUUCUGGUUGAAGAUUCCAUAUAAAAUGCUCUGGAAGAAUGGAUAUUUUGUAACAACAAUAGGUCCCUGACAGAUAGUUUGCAAAAACAGAAGGUCUUCGAUAUAUCCUAUAACCUCAAUUGGGCUCGACAAAGUCUUUAACCAGGACCAAAACUUGCCCAGACUAUCCAAUUAGGACCCAUCUUAGGUGGAUAUCAGUAGUUCAAUUCCCAGGUCCACAUGGACUGUUAUGCUGUUUAAAAAUCUUAUCCCUGAUUCAUGAUAAGGUAUAUGCUUAUCUAUAGAAGCCCUCUCUGCCAUUCUUUAGCAUGGCACUGGGACCUUUCGAUUGACUCAUGAAUACACGUCUAUCACAUUCUUGAACCAUCAAAGCUAGGGAACACUGUCCAAGUUCGCGCCCGACAAUUGAACUUAAUGUCCUUAUUGAAAGGGGGGAAGGGGGGAAAAAUAGUGUCCGAGAAAAGAUGGUGAUGUGGGGUUGGCGAUAAGGUGGAUAAGGUUGGUGUGUGUCUCAGAUUCAUACACGGGUGGCAAUGAUCAGUGGCCAAGCCCGAAGGUUUUAUUCAGGUUGGUUGCAAUUAACCAGGGUUGGAUUCUUGGGGUUAGGCCGCAACAAAGUAAUUUCUUGUGAAUUUCCUAGUUCAGAUGUGGAUGGCCUGAAUUUGACCGGCCCAAGAAGGGAUUAGUUGAGGUGCACGUAAGCUGGCCCGAACACCCCUAACCAUCGAACCAAAAAAAGAAAAAAAAAAAAUUUGAUCAGUGGCCGGUGAGUCACGUGACACGGAUGAGUUCUGAAGGUACAAGUGGAGCCCCUGAUUAGAGGCCUCUGAGCCUUUAUCAAACAUUAGAUGAGAUCUCAGUGUCAAUAAAUUAGGUUCAGUUGUUGCGAGAGUAAGGGCAAUUAAGGGACUAAUGGGAAGGAUGAGUGAGAGAUGUGCAAAGUGGAAGAGAGAAGUGAGAAAACAGAGAGCAAAACUCUAUAUCAUGAGGGUCUGUAUCUCUAUGCUUCUCUGUUGGCAUAAGUACUCCUAAAACUCAUGAAUUGUGCUUUGUAGUCUUUAAGGAGCCUUAAUUCAUGCUCCUUUUUAUUAGUGUUCAAAUCUUUUGUACCCAAGUUUCCAUGCCCCUGUUGCGGUGCAUUCUAGCCGUGGGAUCAACUGAUGGUCUUUUCAUCCAAUACGAUUCUCACAAUAUGCAACGGCCAAAACUACCCUGGAACAGGGGUGCAGAAAAAAUUUGGAGCAUAGGAUUUAGGGGUUUUUAUUAGUUCUGCAUUGUACUUCAUCUCCCUAUGUAGGGUCCUAUUAGCUUAUUUUAGUCCAGUAAUGUAUCUCCUAUGCAUGCAUGCAUGUUAACUUUGUUUGGCUGUCAGAAGCACAAAACAGUUAUCUCAUGGAUACUCGGUUGCUCACUA